CCUUAAUCAAAUGAUUUGCUUCUUUUAAAACCUUCUCACUAAAAAUAGUUGGUCAAACUCCUAAUUGCCUUAGCUGAAACACAAACAUGUGAAAAGGAAAAAAGGGUUUUGUAGGAAAAACAUUGAAGAAAAUAAAAUAGGAUUUCAUCUGGCAUUCCCAUCAUCACUUGAAGAAUUGUUUUGUAGUUACAUCAUCAGGAAAUAAAAUACUAUCCUCUGAGGACCCUGACUCUUUACAGAAAGUAAAAAGGAGAAGGCUUGAAGCUCAUAUCAUUCUCAGAGGAGUUCAGCUAAACUCACAUUUUUUGUCAUCUUAAAAACAAAAAAAAAGACAAACCCCUUCCAGGCAACUUCAUUAAGUCAGAUGCCCAUGUUUUUUCUAAUGCUGGGUGGGCUAAGAAACUAAGAGGAAAACAUUAUAAAAUAAUCAGCUAACGACUUUCCAUGACUUUAUUAUCAAUAAUAAAGAGGAACUGCCGUUACCCAUGCCUUCCGCACAUUCUUUUUGGCCAUGAACUGGGUAGACAAAUGAAAUAUUUCACACAGUCCUGAGCAUCAGCUGGAGCCAGAACACAUUAAUAAGCUUUCUAAGUUCUGGCUAUCACUAAAGUACACUAGUCAGACACGACGAGUCUGCACAACACGGAGUUCCUUAUAUGGCAAUGCAAUGACGUAAUGCUCCAUAGGCUUGGGGCAUGCAAGGAGUCUCUCUCUCAUUGUUUGGUGUAACUGCCGGAAUGCUCACAUCUCUGAUGCUUAGGAGAACUGAAAUCCCAACACCAUAGAGCAAUAGCUAAACCAGGGAAUUCUACAGUCCAUACAUAUAAGAUUGAAAAAGCUGAUUGACCAAGAAACAGCCUAUCAGGCAAAAAAAGAGAAGGAAAACAACGAAAAAAUAACUAAAUUGAAAGAAGAACUGACAAAACUGAAAUCAUUUGCUUUAAUGGUGGUGGAUGAACAGCAAAGACUUACAGAACAGUUGAACCAACAAAGUCAAAAAAUCCAAGAGCUAAUCACUACUGCAGAGCAAGUACACGAGAAACUCACCAUUGCUGAAGCAAAAGUAGAAGAAGAGAAGCAGAAAGCCAUCAGGCUGGAAGCAGAACUGCAAGUGCAAACCAAUAAGAUUUCCCAAGAACAAGAAACAAUGAUGGCCAAACUAACCAAUGAAGACAGCCAGAAUCGCCAGCUCCGGAUAAAAUUAACAGCACUCACUCGACAAAUUGAUGAAUUAAAGGAGACUAAUAAGUCUUUACAAAAAGCAGAGGAAGAACUGCAAGACAUAAGGGAAAAAAUUAAUAAAGGAGAAUGUGGAAAUUCCACUCUUAUGUCUGAAGCAGAAGAAUUAUGGAAACGUGUCCUGGAAAUGGAAGGUAAAGAUGAAGAGCUCAUAAAAAUGGAAGAUCAGUGUAGAGAGCUUAAUAAAAAAUUAGAAAAAGAAGCAGAACAAAACAAGAACUUUAAAGCAGAAGUUGACAAACUCAACAAAAGAAUUAUGGACCUGGAGAAAUUAGAAGAUGCUUUCAACAAGAGCAAACAAGAAUGUUACGCUCUGAAAUGCAAUCUAGAAAAAGAAAAAAUGUUAACAAAGCAAUUGUCUCAGGAACUGGAAGGCUUAAAAGCUAGAAUUGGAGAGCUUGAAGCCAUUGAAAUCAAGUUAGAAAAAACAGAAUUCACACUCAAGGAAGAUUUAACUAAACUGAAAACAUUAACGGUCAUGCUUGUGGAUGAAAGAAAGACAAUGAGUGAAAAAAUAAAGCAAACAGAAGAAAAGUUACAAUCUGCAACUUCCCAACUUCAGGUGGAGCAAAAGAAAGUGAUGUCAGUUACAGAAAAACUAAUUGAGGAAAGUAAAAAGGCACUGAAAUCAAAAUCUGAUGCAGAGGAAAAAAUGUCCAGUGUAACAAAGGAAAGAGAUGAACUGAAAAAAAACCUAAAAGCAGAGGAAGAGAAAGGAAAUGAUCUCUUUUCCAAGGUAAAUAUUCUAAGGAAAAGGCUUCAGUCACUAGAAGUCACUGAAAAAGAGUUUCUUAAAAAUAAACUCAAAGAAACAACUAAAUCAAGCACAUCCUUACAGCAGGAGAACAACAAGAUUAAAGAACUUGCCCAAGAAGUUGAGAGGCUGAAAAAUAAGCUGAAAGAAAUGAAGGCCAUAGAGGAUGAUCUCAUGAAAACUGAAGAUGAAUUUGAGUCUCUAGAGCGAAGAUACAUCAAUGAACGAGACAAAGCUAAAUUUUUAUCAGAAGAACUGGAGGUUGUGAAAAUGGAACUGGCUAGGUAUAAAUUAGUAGAGAAGGCCGAGUCCAACCAAGAACAGUGGCUUUUCAAAAAACUUAAAGAAGAAGCAGCAAAGUCAGGGCACCUGUCUAGAGAGGUAGAUGCAUUGAAAGAGAAAAUUCACAAGUACAUGGCAACAGAAGACCUAAUAUGUCAUCUUCGGGAUGAUCAUAUGGUCCUACAGAAGAAACUCACCCAGCAAGAAAACAAAAACAGGGAGUUAGCAAGAGAAAUGGAUAGCCUUACCAAAGAAUUAGAGAGAUACAGACGCUUCAGUAAGAGCCUUAGACCGAGUCUUAAUGGAAGGAGAAUUUCUGACUUGCAGGUUUUCUCUAAAGAAGUCCAGACAGAUCCAGCAGACAAUGAACCACCUGAUUACAAGAGCCUUGUUCCUUUAGAACGAGCAGUCAUAAAUGGGCAAUUGUAUGAAGAGAGUGAUAAUGAAGAUGAAAACAAUGAUGAGGAGCAAACAGUGUCUUUCAAAUGCAAUUCGUCUGUUGCAAAUGCAGUAAACAAAAAGUUAUGGAUCUCAUGGAUGAAGUCCAAAGAAAGCCAUCCUCAAAAUGGAAAAAUUCAUGACAAACAGAAUGGAAAUUGUGCACAGCCACGAGACUUAAUUCUAAGUCAUACACCUGGUCAGCGUCUUCAUAUACAGGUUACACCAGACCAUGGACAAAACACAGCUACCCAUGAAAAAACAAGCCCUACUACAGACAGUCCUCACUCUUACACUAGUACAGCAGUUAUACCCAACUGUGGCACACCAAAGCAAAGAAUAACCAUUAUUCAAAAUGCCUCUUUAACGCCUUUAAAAUCAAAAAUAGCUGAUGGUUACAUGAGUCCAGAGCAAGCCGUGCCACCUAUCACAUUGGCUACUUUUGCAAGAUCUCAAACUCCUGAAUCAUGUGGCUCAAUAACUCCAGAAAGGACAAUGUCUCCGUUGGCUCUGACAGGUUCUUCAAGUUCUCCAGAACAAAUGCUUUCUCCAGAGCCUUUGGAAAUUGGUGCCAAGCAUACUCUUUUUAGAGUAUCCCCAGAAAGGCAAUCGUCAUGGCACUUUCAAAGAUCUAACAGCACUGGUUCAAGUGUAAUAACUACUGAGGAUAAUAAAAUCCAUAUUCAUUUAGGAAGUCCUUAUGUUCAGGCUCUUGCUAAUUCAGCAAAACCUUAUACUCCAAUUCAGGAUAACAGAACUCCAGCACUAACUAAUGGAACACCCAGUAAGCCUACUAGUAAAAUCACAAGCAGUAUCACAAUCACACCAACAGCCACUCCUCUCCCACGGCAAUCACAAAUUACAAUUGCUGAUAUAUUCCAUCGUACAAUUCCUACUCGGAUUCCCAAACCAAAGUCCAUGAGCACGACUAAAUUACCUGUGAAAACACCUACUGGGCAUCUCAACAAACCACUCCAAGAAAGCAACGCUGGAAAGCAACACAUCAUGAGAACUGUAUCUAACACUUACCUUCAAAAUGGAGGGAAGAGGUAAACAACUCUCUGCAAUGUCCAGGAGUAAAAUAUAUUUGUUGAGUAAUGUGACUCACUGUAGCAAUUUCUUCUAAGGGCUGUUUCAGAAAAAGGUAAUGUUUCCACAAGUAGUGAGAUAAAACUAUUCACAGGUCUGUAAAAAAAGACUGCAACACUCACACAUCAGUAACACUCUCUGGACCAAACUCUGCUCUCAGUGCUCCAGUGUAAAUCCUGAUUUACCGCAAGUUUAAUGACAACAGAAUUUGGCCCUUACCACGAAGUGACAAAUUAAAUUGCAAAAUGAGUUUCUAUUAUAAACCAAAAUUUGACACACACCCCUCUGCGACUAAUAACCACAACCUUAAUUCCACCCUAGUAGAUUUACAGCAAUUAUUACAAUCAUAAUGACAAGUUAUCACACAAGGAUUUUGUUUUCAGUUGGUCUUAUGAAAUUGUAUUUCAAUGUGAAUAUUUUUAGGUUUAAAUUUAAGUGAGAGAAGAUAAUACUUGGCAAACUAUCCCGAUACAAAUGAAAGAAAGGAAGAUAGUAAUAGAGCAACACGAAUGUACACAGAGUUCUUUAAUGAACAGAAAAGCAAAGAGGAAUCCUAUAAAAAGUGGAAAUAUGGACAAAUUGCUAAGGAUGACUACAAAAGAAUAGCACAAGCAUGUAGGGACAAAAUCAGAAAGGCUAAGGCACAAAAUGAGUAACAUUUAGCAAGGAACAUAAAUGGCAAUAAGAAGAGAUUCUAUAAAUAGAUUAGGAGCAAGAGAAAGACUAAGAAAAGUGUUGAUCCUCUGUGUAGCGGGGCAGUUACCCGGCUCCGGCCCUGAAGGGGUUAAAGGUAGGCUGAUUGGGGAAGCAGCCACAGCUGGGGCCACGCCCCAAUCAGGCCACAGCUGGCCCUAUAAAAAGGCUGUGAGGCAGUAGUUCAGGCAGUCUCUCUCUGGAGAGAGAAGGACUAGGCUGCCUGGGAGCUGAGAAGGGUACCAGGAGUGGAGCAGGGCGGGGGGGAAGCCAGAGGAGCUGGGGAGCUCCAGGCUUGAAAAAAAACCCAGCCUGCAGGCCUUGCUGAAGGCCUAAAGCAGGUACUGGAGUUGCAGAGGGGCAGCCCAGGGGUAGGCAAAGGCAGUAGGUCCAAACCCCGCUUGCUGAUGAGUGGUUCAUAGACUGCAGUCUGCCCCAGUAACUGGGAGCUAGAUGGCGACUGACAUUAGCCACUGAGGUGGGGAUAGAGGGUUGGGGGUUCCCUGGGGAGGGGAAAACC